AUGCCCCGCAAGAAGCAAAAAGGUCAGCCUCCGCGCUCGAACCGUCCCGGGCCGAAGCCUCAAGGACAGGGGCAAGGCCAGGGCCAGCAGAAAGCUGGAAAGAAUGCAAAUGCAGGCAAUGGACCGCAGAAAUUGCAGCCGCUGCAGCAGAAUCAGAGGCCUAUUGUGCCUUUCUUGAGGGGAGAUCGGAUUUUGUUGAUUGGGGAGGGUGAUUUCUCCUUUGCUCGCUCGCUAGCGACACAGUACAAAUGCCGGAAAAUUUGCGCUACUUGCUACGACUCCAAGGAAACGCUGUACGAAAAGUAUCCGCAAGCAGAGCAGAAUAUCCAGGAUAUCACCUCAUCAAAGUCCAAGUCCUCUGCAGCAGAAAACGAGGACGAAAAUCAAGACGAGGAAGAGGAAGACUCCAAAGAAUCAGCACCAAAGGCGCAAUCCGCUCCAAGGGUCCUCUUCUCCAUAGACGCCCGCAAACUCGGCGCCCAAGGCGGCGGAGGCAAAGAGAUUAGACAAGGCUUCACACGUCGCGAACGCAAAAUCCCCGCCUGGAAGCUCCAUCAGCAGCAGCAGCAGGGGUCAGGGAAAGGGGAAGAAACCAAGCCGAAACCGCCUAGUGGACCGUGGGAUGUGAUCUGCUUCAAUUUCCCGCAUGUGGGCGGUCUUUCGACGGAUGUUAAUCGGCAGGUGAGGGCGAAUCAGGAAUUGCUUGUUUCGUUCUUUAAGAGUUGUCUCCCUCUCCUCUCUGCGGCGCCGGAGAAGAUUAAUGAGGAUGAGGAGUGGGACUAUGAUGAGGAUUUAUCCGAGUCUGAUGAGGUUGAGGACGAGGAUGGGGAUGCACAGACAACUGGCAAAUCAACCCGUGAAGGACCGGGGCAGAUUCUUGUCUCGCUAUUCGAGGGCGAGCCAUAUACCCUUUGGAAUAUAAAGGAUUUGGCUCGUCAUGCGGGAUUGCAGGUUGUUACUUCUUUUCGGUUUCCGUGGGCUUCAUAUGAGGGGUAUUCGCAUGCGAGGACGCUGGGUGAGGUUGAAGGGAAGGAUGGGGGGAGGGGUGGGUGGAGGGGGGAGGAUCGGGAUGCAAGGAUGUAUGUUUUUGAGGUUAAGAAGGAGAUUCCCAAGCCGAAGAGGAAGAAGAGGGCGAGGGAUGAGUCGAGUGAUAGUGAAUAG